GGCGCUCGGAGCCCGAGUCCGCGGGAAGAUGGCGGCCCCGCUCCUCCCGCUCUCCCAGCAGAUUCCCACUGGAAAUCCAUUAUAUGAAUCUUAUUACAAGCAGGUAGACCCGGCAUACACAGGGCGAGUUGGGGCGAGUGAAGCUGCGCUUUUUCUAAAGAAGUCCGGGCUCUCAGACAUUAUCCUUGGGAAGAUAUGGGACUUGGCUGACCCAGAAGGUAAAGGGUUCUUGGACAAACAGGGUUUCUAUGUUGCACUGAGACUAGUGGCCUGUGCACAGAGUGGCCAUGAAGUUACCUUGAGCAAUCUGAAUUUGAACAUGCCGCCACCUAAAUUCCACGACACCAGCAGCCCUCUGAUGGUCACGCCGCCAUCUGCAGAGGCCCAUUGGGCUGUGAGGGUGGAAGAAAAGGCAAAAUUCGACGGAAUUUUUGAAAGCCUCUUACCCAUCAGUGGUUUGCUCUCUGGAGACAAAGUCAAGCCAGUCCUCAUGAACUCAAAGCUGCCUCUUGAUGUCCUGGGCCGGGUCUGGGACCUCAGUGACAUCGACAAGGAUGGGCACCUGGACAGAGAUGAGUUUGCUGUGGCGAUGCACUUGGUGUACCGAGCUCUCGAGAAGGAGCCUGUGCCCUCCGUCCUGCCCCCAUCCCUCAUCCCACCUUCCAAGAGGAAGAAGACCGUGUUCCCAGGCGCCGUGCCCGUCCUGCCCGCCAGCCCCCCGCCAAAAGACAGCCUCCGCUCCACGCCUUCGCACGGCAGCGUCAGCAGCCUGAACAGCACGGGGAGCUUGUCCCCCAAGCACAGCAUCAAGCAAACACAGCCAACCGUGAGCUGGGUGGUGCCGGUUGCAGAUAAGAUGCGAUUUGAUGAGAUAUUCCUGAAGACCGACCUGGACCUGGAUGGCUAUGUGAGCGGCCAGGAGGUGAAGGAGAUCUUCAUGCACUCGGGCCUCACCCAGAACCUUCUAGCACACAUAUGGGCCCUGGCUGAUACGAGGCAAACAGGGAAGUUAAGUAAAGACCAGUUUGCAUUAGCUAUGUACUUCAUUCAGCAGAAGGUCAGUAAAGGCAUCGACCCCCCUCAAGUUCUGUCACCGGACAUGGUCCCGCCCUCAGAGAGAGGCACUCCCAUCCCGGACGGUUCAAGUUCUCUUGGAUCAGGGGAAUUUACUGGUGUGAAAGAACUUGAUGAUAUCAGUCAAGAGAUCGCCCAGUUACAAAGAGAGAAGUAUUCCCUGGAACAAGACAUUAGAGAAAAGGAAGAGGCAAUCAGACAGAAAAGCAACGAAGUGCAGGAAUUACAAAAUGAUUUAGACCGGGAAACAAGCAGUUUACAAGAGCUAGAAGCUCAGAAACAGGACGCCCAAGACCGCCUUGACGAAAUGGAUCAGCAGAAGGCCAAGCUCCGAGACAUGCUGAGCGACGUGAGGCAGAAGUGCCAGGACGAGACUCAGAUGAUUUCCUCAUUGAAGACCCAAAUCCAGUCUCAGGAAUCCGAUCUCAAGUCCCAGGAAGAUGACCUGAACCGGGCCAAGUCUGAGCUGAACCGAUUGCAGCAGGAAGAAACCCAGCUGGAGCAGAGCAUUCAGGCUGGGAAAGUUCAACUGGAAACCAUCAUCAAGUCCCUGAAAUCAACACAAGACGAAAUCAACCAGGCACGAAGCAAGCUUUCCGAGCUGCACGAGAGCCACCAGGAAGCCCACAGGACCCUGGAGCAGUACGACGAGGCGCUCGACGGGGCCCACGGCGCCAGCCUGACCAACCUAGCCGACCUGAGCGAGGGGGUCUCUCUGACAGAGAGGGGCGGUUUUGGAGCCAUGGUAAAGGACGAUCCUUUCAAAAAUAAAGCCUUGUUAUUUAGCAACAAUGCCCAAGAAUUGCAUCCGGAUCCUUUCCAGGCCGAAGACCCCUUCAAAUCCGACCCAUUUAAAGGAGCUGAUCCCUUCAAAGGUGACCCAUUCCAGAAUGACCCCUUCGCAGAACAACAGACAGCUUCAGCAGAUCCAUUCGGAGGGGAUCCUUUCAAAGAAAGCGACCCAUUCCGUGGCUCUGCGCCUGACGACUUCUUUAAGAAACAGACAAAGAAUGACCCGUUUACCUCAGACCCAUUCACGAAAAACCCUUCCUUACCCUCAAAGCUCGACCCCUUUGAAUCCAGUGAUCCUUUUUCAUCCUCCAGUGUCUCCUCAAAAGGAUCAGGUCCCUUUGGAACCUUAGACCCCUUCGGAAGUGGGUCCUUCAAUAGUGCUGAGGGCUUUGCCGACUUCAGCCAGAUGUCCAAGCCCCCAACUUCUGGUCCUUUCACCUCCUCCUUUGGAGGGGCAGGAUUCUCAGAUGACCCCUUUAAAAGUAAACAGGACACUCCCGCUCUGCCUCCGAAGAAACCUGCUCCUCCACGGCCUAAACCGCCCAGCGGUAAAAGUACACCUGUAAGCCAGCUUGGUUCUGCAGACUUUCCCGAGCCCCCCGAUCCAUUCCAGCCACUCGGGGCUGACAGCAGUGACCCGUUCCAAAAUAAAAAGGGGUUUGGGGACCCGUUUAGUGGAAAAGAUCCAUUUGCUCCCUCCUCUUCAGCUAAACCUUCUAAAGCCUCUUCCUUGGGCUUUGCAGACUUCACCUCUUUUGGCAAUGAGGAGCAGCAGAUGGCCUGGGCCAAGCGGGAGAGCGAGAAGGCUGAGCAGGAGAGGCUAGCACGGCUGCGGCGGCAGGAGCAGGAGGACCUGGAGCUCGCCAUCGCGCUCAGCAAGGCUGACAUGCCCGCCGCCUAGGCGCCCGGCCCAGGGCAGCCCCACCAGAGGAGAACACUCCAGCCUAUCUGUGCACGCACAUACACACGUACACACGCACGCACACAGACGCACACGUACACACGUGCACGCACAAACGCACGCACACGUACCCACAUGCACGCACAAACACACGCACACGCAUAAACGCACACACGAUAAACACACACAAACACGCAUGCAUACGCGGAAACGCACGCACAUGUACCCGCACGCACACACGCACAUGUACACGCACGCACACAUACACGCACGCACACGCAUAAACACGGGCACGCACACACACGCACAUCCACAUGCACACACGUGCGCGUGCGCUCACAGUGGUCCCCGUUCACCUUGUGACAUGUCACAGCCACUGUUAUGUCAAGGACUUGCUGGUCACAGAGCCUUGGGCUCUGGGGGCUCGCCCAGCGGGGAGGCCUGGACAGGGGCCGCUGCUGCAGAUGCUGCUCUCCGCGGUGACGUCCCUGUCGGGUGACAGCGCCAGUUCUCACUCCGCCUGGAGCACAGGAUGAGUCGGGGAAGUGCGGUGACUUCUUGCUUUUUGUCUCCUACCCGGGCGCACCCACACCCCCACCCGCCCCGACCUCCCUUCCGAGACAGACAUCUGGACGAUGUAUGCAUUCGUUGUAUAAAAUUAAGUUUGAAUGAUUAAUAUAAAAUAUUUUACUACAAAA